AUGCCUCGUCUCAAUGACCAGCCCAAGGCUACUAAAGGAUCCGGCAAGAAGCCUGCCCCUGCCCCCUAUGGCGCCAGCAAGGCUACCAAAACCGUUAAGAACCCGUUGUUUGAAGCUCGUCCCAAGAACUUCGGUAUUGGUCAGGAUAUUCAGCACAAGACUGACUUGACUCGCUUCGUCAAGUGGCCUGCUUACGUCCGUCUGCAGCGACAGAAGGUCAUCCUGAACCAGCGCCUAAAGGUGCCUCCUGCCAUCGCUCAGUUCUCCCACACUCUCGACAAGAACACUGCAACUCAGCUGUUCAAGCUUUUGAACAAGUACCGCCCGGAGACGAAGCAGGAGAAGAAGGCUCGUCUUGAGGCUACCGCUAAGGCGACUGCCGAGGAGAAGGAGGCUCAGGCCAAGGACUCGAAGAAGCCCCUUUUCGUCAAGUACGGCCUGAACCACUGUAUUGCCCUUGUUGAGGCCAAGAAGGCCUCGCUAGUUGUCAUCGCUCACGAUGUUGACCCCAUUGAGCUUGUUGUUUUCCUCCCUGCUCUCUGCCGUAAGAUGGGUGUGCCAUACGUCAUUGUGAAGGGCAAGGCCCGUCUUGGUACAGUUGUCCACAAGAAAACCGCUGCUGUCGUUACGCUUCAGGAUGUUAAGAGCGAGGAUCAGCGCGAGCUUGCUACUCUUGUGAGCGCCGCCAAGGCAAACUUCUCGGACAAGUUCGAGGAGCAGCGCCGCCAAUGGGGUGGAGGUAUCCGUGGCAACAAGUCCACUCAGAUGCUCCGCAAGCGUGCCAAGGCCGCUGGCCAGACCCUCAGCGCCACCAAUGCUGCGAAGCUGUGA